AUGCCGUCCAGUUGGAAGCCUUCUGUUGAGCUGUGCUCGGCUUCCCAACCGACCUCGUUCGCCUAUGAAUCCACUGUCAAGCGGUGAGUCUCCUCCUCCCCCCACCUCAUACGAUCGGCAUUCGCAGCGCUCAAAUGACCACGUUCGCGCGAUCGCAAUGACGCUCAAGCGAUGCAGGACUGACCCUCCGCGUUAUGUCUACCUCCCAGAUGGCCCACCAUCCUGACCGGUGUGAUCGAUGGGCUGUCCAAACUCAAUGGGCACCUCCUUGAACCGCAAGACGAGGGCAAGCUCAAAGAGUCGAAAGUGCUCAUCAACAACAUCGCCGGCCUCAUCUACGAAAUGCGGCACGACAGGGAGCUACCCGACAUUGAUGCCAGUGCGGGUUUACCUGACGAUGCCAAGGUCUACAAUAACGUCUUGGCGACCGCUCGAGCGGAGGGGAAGCCGAUCAAGUGGUUCAAUGCUUCGUGGCUCUAUGCCGAAUGUUACAUGCAAGUUCAGUCGGGGCAUACCUCACACAUACGACCUUGCUAAUCAUGGAUGGCCCAUGUCUGAAAGGUACCGUCGUCUUCGAGCAAUGUUCUCCUCCACCGAGCACUGGCGAUCGUUCGAUUGCUUCGCCAGUCAGAAGCUCGGUGCUUUCCGAUCUUCGGCUUCGGGCAUCUAUGCCCUCGCCCGAUCCGUGCAGGACCUCGUCAAGAAGGGUCAACCGAGCGAGCAAGAGCUCCAUGCCGAUUUCAUCAAGAUGCUCGAGAUCUGCUUGUGGGGUCAGUCUUUUGUCGAAACGGGGUAUUUGCCGUGAUGGCCGUUUGACUAAGGCUGACGAUCGGUUCUGCCUGCGGAUUCUCGUUUCGUUCAGGUAACGCGACGGAUCUGUCCCUUCUCACAUCGCUCACGCACGAAGACAUCCAAGCACUGCAAAGUGUCGAACGCGGCGCCGACUUUGUCCUGAAAAACGAUUUCGCCAAGGUGUGGCAGCACGUCAAGACGCUCGACAAGAAGCGAAUCGAUAUUGUCUUGGACAACGUGAGCCGCAAUCUUUAAGUACUCAAUUCCAGGUGUCGGUCGAGACUGAUUGAUCCCAUACUUUGUUCAGUCGGGCUUCGAACUCUACUCCGAUCUCGUUCUUGGAGAUUGGCUUUUGGUGGGUCCGCAGCUAGUUCAGAUUUUGUAAAACCAAACUGAUCUCGAGCUCGUGCCCCCCCCCCCCCCAGACUCUCUCUCCCUUCUGCUCCGAAGUCGUGUUCCACCCGAAGCUCAUCCCGUGGUUCGUCAGCGACGUGUGAGUACUUGCAUCUUCUUCAGAUCUGUUUGCACUGGGGAUAGGUGAUUUCUGAAUCUUGUCUGCCUCUUCACAGUCAACCUCACGACUUCAAAAUUCUCCUCUCUUCCCUGCUCGACCCAGCUUUUUUCCCCUCCGACUCGGGAGCGAGUGACGAGGACCAUCAAGCUCUGAAGGCGAUGGUGGAACGAUGGCAGUCCUACGUCGAUAAGGGUGUCUUCCGAUUAAGCACCCCGCUCGAUCUCGAGAUGGGCGCUCCGGGUGGCGAGAUCGCUGACUGUAAGCUAACAAGACUUUGAUUCACAAUGACUGGUCCAGUUGAACUAACGAACCGCUAGGGCUUUCAUAGUCUGGACCGGUCCUCAAGCGUUCGCCGAUUUGCUGAGUGAAGCGCCCGAACUCUUAAAGGAGCUUAAGAAAGCGUCCCUGGUUAUCUUCAAGGGUGAUCUCAACUACGUGCGUUCACACAAUCAUACUUGCGCUACUUGCCAGCUGACAGAAUCUCCACUGACACACCUCUCCAGCGGAAACUAACCUACGAUGCCUGUUGGCCGACGACCACGUCCUUCGAGGACACCCUCGGUCCCCUGAAAGGCGAAUUCGACAUUCUCUCGCUGCGAACGUGCAAAGCCGACGUGUGCGUAGGGUUGGAAGAAGGGAAAGCUGAGGAGUUGGAUCGGACGGACCCGAGUUGGCGCGUCAGUGGGAAGUACGCCGUUGUCAGUUUUGUGCCGAGGUGUUAG